UUUUGCCCUGAUUUUCAAACUAAGGAAUCAUUAACUUGUGUCCUUGUUAGAUUGUUGAUAGAUCAUGUAUAUACCGGGCAAAAAUUAAGGAAAUACUUGGAGCUUUUCUCAUCCUUUCGAAGUUGUGAUUAUUGAUAUAGCACAGGUUGGAGCAGCAGCUCAUGGCAAUGUAAUCAUUUACUAUUUACCACUCUUCCGAGUUUAAGUUAUUCCAUGAGGCUUGCGGUUCAUUUAGCAAAGAGACAUACUGUGAUUCAACAUUAUCACAUGGAUAAAGACGGUGAAAGAGUAAAAUCUAACUGGACUGAAAAAAACACCAGCGCAAAUAAAACUCUGAAUAAGCGCAGCAACAAAGAGAGAUUAAAAUCUACACAUUUUGCAAAUUGUGGCUAUAUUUUCAACAGCAGCCAUCAAAGUGGCUACAUUGUGUUAUACUAAUCAGCUUAAUAGACUGGGCCGUAACUGUUUCGGCCCAAGACCGAGCUACUUUGACUGACAGUGAAGAAAGAGUAGCAGCGAUAACCUCUUUCUUCACCCACUUUGCCUUGAACAAAAAGAAAACCAAAAUCCAUAAGCACAAGGUAAACCAUUUCAGAGGGUAGAGUGUGAAUCACUCAACAUUCUCAGCGCGUGAAGAUGUUCAGGAACCAGUACGACACCGACGUAACAACAUGGUCGCCGGCGGGAAGGCUAUUUCAAGUAGAGUAUGCAAUGGAAGCAGUUAAACAAGGAUCAGCAGCAAUAGGACUUCGAUCGAAGAGUCACGUCAUUCUCGCGUGCGUUAACAAGGCUAAUUCUGAACUUUCAUCUCACCAGAAGAAGAUCUUCAAAGUUGAUGACCAUAUCGGUGUUGCCAUCGCCGGACUCACCGCCGACGGUCGUGUACUUUCUCGGUAUAUGCGUUCGGAAUGUAUUAAUUAUAGUUAUUCUUAUGAAUCGCCGUUGCCUGUUGGUCGACUUGUCGUUCAGCUCGCUGAUAAAGCUCAGGUUUGUACCCAACGAUCCUGGAAACGACCUUAUGGUGUUGGCCUGCUUGUAGGUGGGCUAGAUGAAUCUGGCGCUCACCUCUAUUACAAUUGCCCUAGUGGUAACUACUUUGAAUAUCAAGCUUUUGCCAUUGGAUCUCGGUCACAAGCUGCAAAAACAUACUUGGAGCGUAGGUACGGGAGUUUCACGGAUUCUUCACGAGGAAGUCUGCUUAAGGAUGCACUUUUUGCAUUGAGGGAGACUUUGCAAGGAGAAAAGCUGACUAGCACGAACUGUACUGUUGCUGUGCUAGGUAUAGGAGAGCCUUUCCAUAUGUUGGAUAAAGAUACUAUUCAAGGAUUAAUCAAUGAAUUUGAGUUAGCUGGUGAAGAAGCUCCCGCUGCAAGCACAGAUGCAGCUGCUGAUGCCGAAUCAGCAGUACCUGAAGCGGGCGCCCCUACUGAUGAAGGUGCUGCACCAAUGGAUAUAUGAUGACAUUAUGUUCUCCUUUGGAUGUUAUUCCUUCCAUAUGCAAAAGUUUCUAGUUAGAAUAUUGAGGUUUCCUUUGGCAGUGGACCAUAUUUUGUGGUUGGACUUUUUUGUUAUGCAAUUAUGAAUAUUUCUUUUGCCGAAACAUUUAAACUUUCUCCGAUCUUCAUCAUAAUUGUACAACAUAUUGGAAUUUCAUCAGUUGUUACGAUGCUUCA